CUGCCUCUUUCAUCCUCGUCUGCGACCGGGGGGGUGUCAUGCCUGGUGUCGAGGAAAUGGAAAAUACAUAUCAGGCGUCGCAUGGCCUCGUCCAUCCGCGAGACCUCCUCUCCUCCUCCUUUCUCGCAGCGUCUCCCUUCUGCGAUUAGGCCUCUCCCGUCUUGAUCCAGGAGGCUCAGCCCGUUCAAUUCACUUGCUCGCCCAAAGCUAGACUCCCGAGUCCUGCCCAGGCACAGAGCAACUUCUUUUUUUUUUUUAAUCUUCUUAUACGUGGUGUAGUACCUAGUAUAGCACAGCGCACGAGAUAGUCCGCCGACACACCCUGCCAAGAUAUAUCGGAUCUAUCUAUAGAGCAGAGCCCACAUACCCAAAACGGCUUCAAUCGAUUUCUAGCAGCCCGUCUAUUCGCAACCAUGGCCGUGACCGCAAAGUUCCUGCGCGCCAUCGUGCGCAACGACGCCAUGCGCGCCGACCCGGACGAGAUCUACGGAUGGCGCGUCUUCGCCCUCGUCUUCUCCGCCUGCUUCGGCGGCAUGCUCUUCGGCUGGGACACGGGCUCCAUUGGCGGUAUCCUCAACAUGCCCGACUUCCAGGAGAAAUUCAACUACGCCGACAGCUCCAAAACCGCAAAGAACAACAUGAGCCAGAACAUCGUGUCCACGCUCCAGGCAGGGUGCUUCGCCGCCUGCUUCGUCACCAGCUGGCUCACCGACCGAUAUGGCCGCCGCACCACGCUGAUCGGCGCCGGCAUGCUGACCAUCGUCGGCAUCAUCUUCCAGGCUGCCUCCGCGGCCAAUGGAACGCUCGCCGUCAUGUACGUUGGCAGAUUCAUUGCCGGCCUGGGCAUCGGCGCUGCUUCUGCGCUGACGCCACUGUACGUCUCCGAGUGUGCUCCUCGUGCCAUCCGCGGUGGCUUGACAGCCUUUUACCAAUUGUUCAACGUCUUCGGAAUCAUGGUAGCUUUCUGGGUCAACUACGGGUGCUUGCUACAUGUCAAGGCCCCUGCAAUCUACGUUGUUCCACUGACUCUUCAAGCUCUCCCUGCCGUCUUCAUGAUGUUUGGUAUGCUGGCUUCUCCCGAGAGUCCGCGAUGGUGUGCCAGGCGAGACGACUGGGAUCAAGCCACUAAGAUCCUCAUCCGCCUUCGAGGACUGCCUGCCGACUCAGAGUACGUCCAGAAUGAGAUCCAGGAAAUGGCUGACCAGCUCGACCACGAGAGACGGUUGACGGGAGACGCCACCUUCAAGACGCUCCUCAGGGAGAUGUGGACUAUUCCAGGCAACCGAAACCGAGCCGUCAUUUCCAUCCUGCUCAUGAUCUUCCAGCAAAUGACUGGUGUCAACGCUAUCAACUAUUAUGCUCCCCAAAUCUUCAGCAAUCUCGGGAUGACAGGCAAUGACUCGCAGUUAUUCGCCACCGGAGUGUACGGUGUUGUCAAAACAGCAUCUUGCUUCAUCUUCCUGGUCUUUGUGGCAGAUUCGCUUGGCCGGCGCUGGAGUCUGCUUUGGACAGCUGCUUCCCAGGGUAUCUUCCUCUUUAUUGUGGGUAUCUAUGGAAGGGUGCAGCCCCCCAUUGCCGGAGAACCUGUCACUGCAUUCGGUUAUGUUGCUAUAACAUGCAUCUAUCUCUGGGCCGCCUCGUUUCAGUUCGGCUGGGGCCCUGUCUGCUGGAUCCUUGUUAGCGAAAUUCCAACCGCGCGACUCCGUGCCACAAACGUGGCUAUUGCCGCAGGCACCCAGUGGCUGUUCAACUUUGUGUGCGCUCGAUCUGUCCUCACUAUGCAAGCCACCAUGGGCAAGGCUGGUUAUGGCAUGUUCUUCAUGUUUGGUAGCUUUUGCUUCAUCAUGGGCCUUUUCGUGUGGUUCUUCGUGCCGGAGACCAAGGGUCUUAGUCUGGAAAGGAUGGACGACCUGUUCGGCGUGACAGAGCUAGCAAAGCAGGUUGAUGCUGAGCCGGAGCUCGGCCGGCCCGACAGCAUUCGCGAAGAGCGAGUAGACAUCAAGACUUGAGGAGGACAGGGAUUUUUUUUUUGUCUAUUUUUUUUUUUUUGUUCGUCUGCAUCCUGCUUGCCUUGGUCUAUUAAUAUGGCGCACCCGGAGGCUCUUUGUCGGCUGAACGGUUGAAUCAGAGGGCCCGGCGGACCUGCGUAGCGCAUCUAUAUGACUCCUUGUUGCUUCAAUACAUGCUUGUUUCCCGGUAGCUCGAGUGC